AUGGGAAACUUCUACAACGGCACCAAAGGCUCCGACAUCAUCGGCCCCUCAGCCAACAACAAAUGCUCCAUCCACCACUGGGCCGAAAACGGCAUCGCCGGACGCGCCGUCCUCCUCGACUACCGAGCCUACGCCCACAGCAAAGGAAUUGUUUACGACUCUUUCGAACGCCACGCUAUCACCUACGCAGAGCUUGCCGCGUGCGGUAAAGCUCAGGGCAUAGACAUCCGCCCUGCCGCCCAGGGAGGCGACAUCCAAAUCGGCGACAUCCUCCUCAUCCGCAGCGGCUGGAAAGAAACUUACGACAGCAAGACGCCUGAGCAACGUAGCGCGGCGGGGCUCCGCCACGGGGACGGCAACGACGGGCAGAGGUGGACGGGCGUAGCGCAAGAGGAAGAGAUCCUAGACUGGCUGCACGACAGCUAUUUUGCGGCCGUGGGGGGCGACGCGCCUGCAUUUGAGGCGUGGCCAACGCAAAAGACGUGGCAUGUACACGAGUAUAUUCUUGCGCUUUGGGGCAUGCCGUUAGGGGAGAUGCUUGAUCUGGAGAAGUUGGCGCAAAAGUGUAGGGAGAGGGGGAGGUGGACCUUUUUCUUUACGAGUGCGCCGGCGAAUUGUCCUGGUAAGUGGUCCGCCUGGGCUAGGCAGGGGAGUAAUUGCUAA